GCAAAAGAUUCCCCAAAUACCCAACGAGAUUUGGAAUCUCCUCCCCUCCCCGGCCGUGUGGACGGACACGUCUACGUCUCACACCCAACCCCGGCGUUUGACUCCGGCGACGGCGGCAGCCCAACCCCCUCCCUCCCUGCCUCAAUCCCCAUCCAUUAAAAAGAUCCAUCCACACGCACUCCCCCAGCCACACGUCGCCGGCCAUGACCAGCCCCAUCAUCCCGCGAACGGAUGACGGCGGCCAUGCCGCGACGGCGACGAGGGUGGGCCGCCUCAACGCCGCGGUGGAGCGCUCCUGGGUGGGCCGGCGCUUCCGCCUGGCCGCGCGCGGGACCACCUUCACCACGGAGCUCCGCGCCGGCACCACCACCUUCCUCACCAUGGCCUACAUCCUCGCCGUCAACGCCUCCAUCCUCUCCGACUCCGGCGCCACCUGCACCGUCGACGACUGCACCUCCCCGUCCCCGGCCUGCAAGUUCCCUCCCGUCGACCCCGGCUACGCCGCCUGCCUCUCCCGCGCGCGCCGCGACCUCAUCGUCGCCACCGCCGCCUCCUCCGUCAUCGGGUCGUUCAUCAUGGGCGCCUUCGCCAACCUCCCCAUCGCGCUCGCCCCCGGCAUGGGCACCAACGCCUACUUCGCGUACACCGUCGUCGGCUUCCACGGCUCCGGCACGCUCUCCUACCGCAAGGCGCUCGCCGCCGUCUUCAUCGAGGGCCUCGUGUUCCUCCUCAUCUCCCUCGUCGGCCUAAGGUCCAAGCUCGCGCAGCUGAUCCCCAAGCCCGUGCGGAUCGCGUCGUCCGCGGGGAUCGGGCUCUUUCUGGCAUUCAUCGGGCUGCAGAGCAACCAGGGGUUCGGGCUCGUCGGGUUCAGCACGUCCACGCUGGUCACCAUCGGCGCGUGCCCCGCGUCGCAGCGCGCGUCCGUGGCGCCGGUCGUCACGUUCCCCAACGGCACCGUGGCGCUGAUGCCCGGCGGCACGGUCUCCGGCGGCAUACUCUGCCUCUCCGGCCGGAUGACCUCCCCGACCUUCUGGCUCGCGGUGGUCGGCCUCCUCAUCAUCGCCUUCUGCCUCAUCAAGAAGGUCAAGGGGGCCAUGAUCUACGGCAUCCUCUUCGUCACGUUCAUCUCAUGGCCGCGCAACACGGCCGUCACCGCGUUCCCGGACACGCCCGCGGGCGACGAGAGCUUCGCCUACUUCAAGAAGGUGUUCGACGUCCACCGCAUCCAGUCCACCGCCGGCGCGCUCGACUUCAGCGGCAUCGGGCACGGCUACUUCUGGGAGGCGCUCAUCACCUUCCUCUACGUCGACAUCCUCGACACCACCGGCGGGCUCUACUCCAUGGCGCGCUUCGCGGGCUUCGUGGACGACGCGACGGGGGAGUUCGAGGGGCAGUACUUCGCCUUCAUGUCCGACGCCACCGCCAUCGUCUUCGGGUCGCUGCUGGGGACGUCCCCAGUCACCGUCUUCAUCGAGUCGUCGACGGGGAUCCGCGAGGGCGGCCGGACGGGGCUCACGGCGCUGACCGCGUCCUUGUACUUCACGGCGGCGCUGUUCAUCACGCCGCUGCUGGCGUCGAUCCCGGCGUGGGCGGUCGGGCCGCCGCUGGUGCUGGUGGGCGUGAUGAUGAUGCGCGCCGUGGCGGAGGUGGACUGGGAGGACAUGCGGCAGGCGGUGCCGGCCUUCAUGACGCUGGCGCUCAUGCCGCUCACCUACUCCAUCGCCUACGGCCUCAUCGCCGGCAUCGGCUCCUACAUGCUGCUCCACUCCUGGGACUGGGCGUGCCACGCCGCCGCCAGGAUGGGUUGUCGUCCUCGUAGGAAGGUGGGUGGCGGCGAGGCCACGCAAGCCGAUAUCUCAAGUAGCAACAAUGGCAGUGCCGGUGCCAGUGGCAAUGGGCAACGUGGGAAAGACGUGUCUCACGUGGAAAUGUCCUAGCAGUAGCACUUUCUCCUUUUCAUUUUCUCCUUGUAGUUAUCUUUUGUUUGUGAAUUGUUU